AUGAAGAAAACAUUUUUUAAACUAUUUUCUAAAUCUUAUAUUGAAGGGUAUCCGAUUGGAUUCUUCUUUGGGAUCAUAAUUCUUUUAGUAUUUGGUGUUAUUGUUUGUCUGUUUUCAUUUAUACAUUACACCGAAGAGGAAAAUUCAAAUAUCCAAAUGGAUUUAGAAAGAGCUUCAAAGCAAAUAGUUCAUAACAUUCAAAUGAAUGCAAUGUAUUUAUUAUCAUCGAUAGAUACUUUAAAGGCAUUGUAUUACGUAAAUCCAAACUUUAAAAGAAAAGAUUUUAAUAUCUUUUUAAAUACAACAUUAAAAAAUUCAGAGUUUCAGUAUCUGUUUUGGGUUGAAAGAGUCAAAGAUGAAGAAAGAAAACAAUUUGAACAAGAUUUUUCAUUUCAAACAAAAAAUAAAUUUCAAAUAUUUUCAUUUAAUGAAGAUACAAAUUCAAUAGAAGUUGCAAACCAUAAAAAAUCUUAUUAUCCAAUAGUUCAUGCUUUUCCAACUCUAAGCAAAGAUAUUAUUGGAUUAGAUAUAAACUCUACAAAUUAUAUGAAGGAAACUAUUAAUAAAGCCAUUAUAAAUAAAAGACCAACAGUACAUUUAAGCAGAAAGGUUAUUCUAAGUAAAAGAAAUAUAGAUAUUUUAAUUAUAAAUCCAAUUUUAUCAAAAACUACCAAUGAUACAUCACAAUUUACAAAUCCUCAAACACCUUCACCACCUCAAGCAACUUCACCAUUAAUUUCGACAACAAUAGAAAAUUUAACAUUGGUAAAAAAAUCAAAUGAUGAUGAAUGUACUCAUAUUUCUGCUGGUUUAUUUUUAAUUGAAAAGAAUGUAGAAGCAUCAAGAGUAGAGGUAGAACAAGGUAAUGACUUUACAUUAUUUUUAUCUACAUUUGAAGGGGAAUUGGUUUAUCAAGAAUCCUAUUUAAAUUUCAAAACAUUAAAAGAAGUUCAUGAUUCCAAACUCUUUCAAGAUAGAUUGAAAUAUGAAACCAGUUUAAAAGUUGCCGAUUGUGUUUUUAAGCUAUGGGCAUUUACAACCGAAGAAUACGAAAACAAUUCAAAGACCUAUCUUCCUCUAUUGAUAUCAAUAAUAUCAGGUGUAAUUUUAAUAUUAUUGGUAAUAUAUUUAAUGGAUCAACGUAAACAAAAAUCAUUAAUUGCCAAAAUUAUGAGAGAAAAGAACAAUUUAAUAAACAAAAUAUUACCAUUAGAAGUAUCAGUCAAGUUAGAAAAUGGUGAAGAUGUAGUCGCUGAGCGUUCAAAUAAUGCCUGUGUAUUCUUUUUAGAUAUUGCAGGUUUCACUAGAUUCUCUUCAAUUCAUAGUCCAGAACAAGUUAUUCAAGUGCUCAUUAAAAUUUUCAACUCUAUGGAUUUAUUAUGUGCAAAGCAUGGCAUUGAAAAAAUCAAAACUAUUGGUGAUGCUUAUAUGGCUACAUGUGGUAUAUUUCCAAAGUCAGAUGAUAUAAGACACAACACUUAUCGUAUGUUAGAGUUUGCACUUGAUGUUUUAGAAUCUAUACCAAAAGAAAUGAGCUUCCAUCUUGGUUUACAAGUUAGAGUAGGUGUUCAUUGUGGUCCAGUUAUUAGUGGUGUUAUUUCAGGAUAUGCCAAACCACACUUUGAUGUAUGGGGUGAUACCGUUAAUGUUGCAUCACGUAUGGAGUCCACUGGUAUUGCAGGUCAAAUUCAUGUUUCGGAUAGGGUAUAUCAAUUGGGUAAAGAUGACUUUGAUUUCUCUGAACGUUGCGAUAUUAUUCAUGUCAAAGGAAAAGGAAGAAUGAAAACAUGGUAUUUAAUGGGUAAAAAAGAAAGUGAAUUUACACUUAGAAAAGACUAUUCUCGAUCUAGAAUUCAACCAUCAAUAUUUAAUAGAAAGCAAUCACAUCAACAUUGUAUUUAUCCAGAUUUCCCAGGUGGUAUUCAGGUUUUAAAUAUUGAAAAUAAUAAUUUAGGUUGCGAAAACUGUUCAAAAAUUUAUAAAAAAACCUAUUCAUUUUCACCAGAUAACAACUAUUAUUAUAAUGGAGAGGAUACUGAAACACCUAUUAUGUCUUUUGAACAAAUAGAGGAAUUAAAUAAAGGAGUUUCAAAUAAAGUAAUAAGAGAUGAAGACAAUAGCCAUCAAUCCAUUACAGAAGAAAGUGAAUUACAAUUAAAAGAUUAUGAAAAUGAUAAUUCUGAUGAAGAAGAAGAAGAAGAAGAAUUUAAUACAAACUCACCCAAACAUUUAAAUCUAGAUGCAAUUUUAUCAAAUAUAAAUAACACUUUAAAUAAUAAUGACAAUAAUAAUGAUAACAAUAAUAAUAACAACUCCAAGAUAAAUGAUAAUAUUAUAAGCAAUAAUAAUAAUAAUAAUUUAGAUAAUAAUAAUAUAGAUAACAAUAUUAAUAAUAGUACAAAUAACAAUAAUACAAACAAUGAUAUUAAAAAUAACUUUGUAAAUAAUGAUAGUAAAGAUUGUUUAUGUAAAUCAGUUGUACAUAAUAAUGAUCUUUUAGAAAAACAAAAGUCUAUUAAAGAUGAUAAAAAAUGUAAUAAUUUAAUAGAAGAUAAAAAACUAGCAAAAGAAAAUUGUUUAGUGCCAGAUUUAAAUAAUAUAGAAAAAGAUAAAAAUAAAAAUAAAGAUAAAGAUAAGAAAGAAUAA